AUGGUUGGGAGACCAAUUUUGAGAGCAGAAGAACGUAAUAUAUUAGUUCCUUCAGAUGUAGAAAUUAAGGAUAUAAUGUGUGGAUCUGAAGCAAGUGAAGUUCGAUCAUUAUUGCAAAUUAACUAUCCUAUGGAAAAUGGUAUUAUCAAGAAUUGGGAAGAUAUGGAACACUUAUGGGAUUAUGCCUUUUAUGAACGAAUGAAAAUUAAUCCACAUGGUCAAAAAAUUUUGUUAACUGAACCACCUAUGAAUCCAUUGAAGAAUAGAGAAACCAUGUGUCAGGUUAUGUUUGAAAAAUAUGGAUUUGAUGGUGUUUAUGUUGCCAUUCAAGCUGUCUUGGCCUUAUAUGCACAAGGUUUGAGUUCAGGUGUUGUUGUUGAUUCAGGUGAUGGGGUUACACAUAUUGUCCCUGUGUAUGAAUCUGUUGUGUUGAAUCAUUUGACAAAACGUUUAGAUGUUGCCGGUAGAGAUGUCACUAGACACUUGAUCAAUUUGUUGUUCCGUCGUGGUUAUGCAUUCAACAGAACUGCUGAUUUUGAAACUGUUCGUCAAAUCAAAGAAAAAUUGUGCUAUGUAUCCUACGAUUUGGCAUUUGACGCUAAGAUGGCACAUGAAACCACCACUCUUGUGGAAAGUUACGAAUUACCAGAUGGAAGAGUUAUAAAAGUUGGUUCAGAAAGAUUUGAAGCACCAGAAUGUUUAUUCCAACCACAUUUAGUUGAUGUUGAACAACCAGGUGUUGGUGAAACUCUUUUCAAUACUAUACAAUCAGCAGAUGUUGAUGUAAGAUCGUCAUUGUACAAGGCAAUUGUUUUAUCCGGUGGUUCAUCAAUGUAUCCAGGUUUACCUUCAAGAUUGGAGAAAGAAUUGAAACAAUUAUGGUUAACUAGAGUAUUGCAUGGUGAUGCUACCAGAUUAGAUAAAUUUAAAGUAAGAAUCGAAGAUCCACCAAGAAGAAAACAUAUGGUUUUCAUUGGUGGUGCUGUCUUGGCUAAUAUCAUGGCUGAUAAGGCACAUAUGUGGAUUUCAAAACAAGAAUGGGAAGAACAAGGACCUAGAGUAUUAGAAAAAUUAGGACCUAGAUAG